UUUUUUACUCUCAGCCCCGACAAAACAUAAGUCUCUCGGUUUUGGCUGGCAGGCAACGGAAGACAACUGAACACCAGCAGUACGGAGAGAUUAUAUUUACCUCCAACUGUACCAACCCGAGCAGGCUCUCUCUUCCCCGGCGUCCAGCUGUCCGUCGGUGCCUGCCACUGUUGUUCUCCCCAAGGUUUUUAGACAGACUUUAAGUCGCGGUGCUCAGAUUGUCGGCAGAGUAAUAAUAAUAAAACAACAACAACAACGGAUAAAUAAAUAAAAAAGCGAAAUAGCGGACACGGUUUGGGGUGAAUAUGCAUGCUUAUAUGAUUGCUGUCUUUUGAAGGAGGGGGUGGGGGGGGUGGGGGGGGAUCCAACACAGAGCUGUAGUUUCUCUUCAAGAGGCGAGGAAUGCAAUCUGAGCAUCAAUGUUUCACUGGGGCAAGUGGAAGAAGAGGAUGGGAGCCAAUAGUUCUUCAAAGAGACCAGUUUUCGAUGAGAAGGAAGAUGUGAACUUCGACCACUUCCAGAUAUUGCGAGCCAUUGGGAAAGGGAGCUUUGGAAAGGUAUGCAUUGUGCAAAAGAGGGACACCGAGAAGAUGUACGCCAUGAAGUACAUGAACAAACAGCAGUGCAUAGAGAGAGAUGAGGUCCGAAACGUCUUUAGAGAGCUUGAGAUCCUACAGGAAAUUGAACAUGUUUUUUUAGUAAAUCUCUGGUACUCAUUCCAGGAUGAAGAGGACAUGUUUAUGGUGGUGGACCUCCUGCUGGGAGGAGAUCUGCGCUACCACCUGCAGCAGAGUGUCCAGUUCAGCGAGGACGCUGUCAAACUCUACCUCUGUGAGAUGACGCUGGCACUCGACUACCUGCAGAGCCAGCACAUCAUCCAUAGAGAUGUCAAGCCAGACAAUAUCCUGUUGGAUGAGCAAGGUCACGCUCACCUGACGGACUUCAACAUAGCCACGAUAAUAAAGAAUGGAGAAAGAGCCACGGCCUUAGCUGGAACCAAGCCCUACAUGGCCCCAGAGAUCUUCCAGUCUUUUGUAAGUGGAGGGACGGGUUACGCCUUUGAAGUGGACUGGUGGUCACUAGGGGUGACAGCUUUCGAAGUGCUGCGUGGAUGGAGGCCCUAUGACAUCCAUGCCAGUAACUCAGUGGAGUCCCUGAUUCAGCUCUUCAGUACAGUCAGUGUCCAGUACAGCCCAGCCUGGCCCAAGGACCUGGUUUCCCUCUUGAGGAAGCUACUGACAGUGAACCCAGAGCAUCGUUUCUCCGGCCUGUCUGAGAUGCAGACAUCGCCCUACCUCGCUGACGUCAACUGGGACGCUGUGUACGAGAAGAAGAUGGAGGCCGGAUUUGUUCCUAAUAAAGGUCGCCUCCACUGCGACCCCACCUUUGAGCUGGAGGAGAUGAUCCUGGAGUCGCGCCCCCUUCACAAGAAGAAGAAGAGGCUGGCCAAGAACCGCUCUCGAGACAACAGCAAGGAUUCGCAGUCUGAGAAUGACUACCUACAGGAGUGCCUUGAAGUGGUGCAGCAAGAGUUCAUGAUCUUCAACCGUGAGAAGUUGAAAAGGCGUCAGGAGGAGGGUCAGUCAGAGGCCGGGGGCGAUGAUGCCAGCGGGGACGGGGACGGAGAGGCCGAAGCCGGGGGCACUGACGACGAUGCACCCGAACCAGAGCCAGAACCCGAGCCGGAGCCCGAGUCCUCCUCCAAACUGAGCAUGUGCGGCUCGGUCUGCUCCUCCCCCGGCAGCUGCUAGCGCCACAUCGCCUCACAGUGAUGGUCGCAAGGUCUCUCUCUGGCCGCUGCAGUGUUUGUGCCAUGCCAAUAGAUACGUUCUCACCUCUCUCCUCUGUUGUAGCCAGGAGCGGAGGUCACGCACAGCAGGUUCGACUUGACGCACAGCAAGACCCAAAAUGGCUCCCUCUAUUUUUUCCUCCUCUUCCUCCUAUUUUUUAUUUUUUUCCUCUGUAGCAUCCUUCCGGUAAGGCAUGAAUGAAGCAGACCCCCCCCCCAGAGAGUCCCCGCCUACUGUACCCAUCUGCCCUAGAGUAAGCUCUAACUUCUAUGCAAUGUUACAGUAUAGCAUGACAAAAUAAGGUAUCACUUACUAGGAUGUGUUCACGAGCAGAAAGCAUGACGACAUCCGGAGCAAUAGCAGUCCACGGUUUCUGGAGGGUUGGUGGGGUUUUUUUUUUGGUGGAGACGCAUUCUCAGCCUUCCUGUUCCAAAAUCUGACGGGGGCGACUGAAUUAUUCAGCACACGCGGGCUCUCCGUUUAUGUUAUUGCCUGUGUCUUCAGUUCCCUCUUCCCCUCAGUCUCUUUCAUCUUACGUAUGUGCCCCUAAAUUUGGAGCAAUUUUCUCCCGGAGCACCUUCCUCCUGUUGCAACACCUUUCCGAGACACGUGUACAGUGCGUGUUCAUGGCUGCUUCUUGCAGUCGGCCGAGAAAAGUGUGGCCGUUCUCGUGUUGUGAACCUGUUUAAAAGUGGUGCCUGUUGAUGAUAAUCAGUAUUUGUUAAUCACAUCGUAGCCAUUAUAAGUCAAACUGCUAUCUUAAAGUGUAGCCAACUAUUCUUUUUUUUUUUUCCUUAGGAUGAUAAGGUACUGUAAUUUAUGGGGAGUCAGUACAGCAAUCAGAAUGAAAGAUGUUUGCUUGUCACUGUGUCUGUAAUGAUUAACAAGAUUUAGUAUUUUAGCCCUGCACCAUGGUCUGACUCUCAGAGAGCGUUCAGAAACUCCGCUCUGGGGAAUAAACACCAAUCACAUCUUUUAGAAAGCUCUGUUUACUUCACUAGACACCAUCAUCUCUUUAAGUGCUCGGUUAGUAUAAAUCUCAUCCCCCUGUAGAGCUUGUUUUUGGGCUGUACUUAAACGUGUAGCUGUGCCCUGUUGGUACUUCAAAUCGUAUAGAUGAGCUAGUCUAUUAUUGUCAUAGGGAUAGUGGUACAUUUUAGGGUGGCACCAGUAAUCUCAGUCUGAACACCUGAGAACAUGUAGCAAUGGUCCACCUUAAAACCCUAAGGCCUAAUUAAAUGAAAAACCAUGUAAAUAGCAUACAGUGUAGGUAAUUAAACUCACCACAGUUUUAUGUGGGACUGCGAACUCGACAUAUAAACUAAAGGAAGAGCUGUGUGAAGCUUCAUACUGCUUCGUUCCGCUCUUCUUUCCAAGUGUGCAGGCACAACUUGUAGGCAAGAUAUGCCAAAGCUUUUCUACCAUUUGCAUAACCAUUUCUAAGGAACUUUGAGUGUGUGAAUGUAUGUCUCUUUUUUCCCAGUAUAACAUAAAGUCAGUGUUCCUUCUGCAAGUGAAAAUACUAUCAUUUAUACAAUCAUAUUGUGAUUAUGUAUAAAGUAUCUAUUUCAGGUAAGGGAGGGGACCUUAAAGUAAUUGUUGGACAUUUUGGGAAAUACGUCAAUUUGCGGUCUUUACUAGAAUUAAAUGAGAAGGUCGAUAUCUCCCUUAUGUGUGCGUUAAGUAAUUCAAAUAUUACCACGACCCCCCUAAAGGUCACUAAUUAUUAUGUUGUAUCUAGUUUAAAACAAACAGUACUUCAUGCUCUAUUUGCCAAACAACAGCCAGACACUGUGUGAAUUGCUGCACAGAUGUCCGUCAUGGAUGGAGAAAAUAUGGUUUGUUGAGACAUGCUCACACCUGGUUAUUUGCUAUAAAACCACAAAUUAUAGUUGUUGUUUUUUUGUGUUCGAGGUGUGGUGGGUGGAUACUGAACUGUUCCAGGAGACUCUCGAGGGACUGCAAGGCGCUGGUCACAUAGCAGACAGCCAGAGGCGUCGCUGGGCUACACGUAUUAUUAAACCGUACCACAUAAAUUACUCUAUGAUUCCUGUAUUACUGUUCUAGUUUGUUCUUCAGUCUUAAAUAUGAGGGGUGCCCUGUAAAAGACUGGUCAAAGAUCUGAUCAUGAAAAAAGAGAAAGAUCCAAUACAUCGUUAUUUAAGUAAGAUGACAACAAACUUCUGUAUAAGAGUCAUUUCAGAGCAAAGUGUCAGUCAGGAAUCUGUCCUGCAGGCAGUCACUACGUCUAACGUUAAGCUAGCUGUUCAUGAUCAGUAAACCAUUAACAGCUCCAAAACUUAAACAGACUUACUGGAGCUUGAAGCCAGUAAUGAGUAAUGUAAUAAUUACUUUCUGUUGAGUAAUUAGGGAACUACUUUGUCAAUGAGUAAUUGAUUAACUUAAUAAAAAUUCCUACAACCAAUGGUGGUUGGCUGGCAUUAAACACACUAAGAGAUUACUCAAAAAAUCAUCAAUCAUUGGUUGUUAACUGUUAUGGUAUUACUGAAAUGUUUUAAUAAUUACUUACACAACUAGUUACUAGGGAGAGUAAUAUUAUUACUGUACUCUACAGACGAGUUAUCUUGUAUGUUGUAGCGGUCCCUGGAGAGUCUCUCAGCUCUCGAGAACGGUGUAAAUUUUCUCAUCUCACUCUCACAAAGAAAGCAAAUUAGAGUAUUUCCCAAAAUGUUGAACUACGUCUUUAAACACUAUACAUUAUGAUUAGAUUAAGAAGCUUCUUUAAAGGGAUAUAAAGUGGCAUCUUCCAAGUUCGCUGAAAUAUAUGAUGAAUUUAAUAGUCUCAAGCCCUGUGCUUCUUUUGCAUGUACCUUUACAGUAUAAGCUUGUUUUUUGCCAAAGCCUGGAGCUUGAGCCUUACUGGCUGAUUUGUGCAUGUACAAGCUUUUGGUAAUAGCAUACCUCAGUGCUCACCUGAUUAUAGACACAAGUCCAAACCAGAGUAUAACUGGCCUGCGUAAAUGUUUCUGGACAGUGAGUUUUGUGAACUUUAAAACUGUACAAAAUCAUAUAAUUCCAGUGUUGAUGGCAUGAUAUUUUUAGAUGAUAUGCAGUACCUUUUGGCAUCCCGUAGAUUGUCUUAACGCUUUGGUCAAGUAUACAGGCUCGUACCCUUGCUGGAUGAGUGGAAUGAGGUCAGCCGUUGUGUGUGACGCUCUGUUGUGGGUUAAGUGUUGCGUUAUUGUCUGUGCAGCAAAGGAAGAAUAUUCAGAACUGGGGCAGGUUUUCACUUCACCCCAGCACAGAAUUUGCUGCAUUAUUAAAACACUGAAUGUCUCCAUUUGUGGAUAAGAAAGCUUGGUUAUUUCUCAUUAAAACCACACCAUCAGAAUCAACACAGGCCUGAAGUGGAUGUGUAAUUUAUGUUAAUCAUCUGUAAAUGGAUAAUGACAGUUUUUUUUUUGGACAGUUAAUUUAAGUGUAGCUUCUCUCAGAGUUACAAUACUAAUCUACAGUUUUCGGCACUUGUUCUUCAAUAUCGGUGAUCAUUCCUAAUUGGACCGUGCUUGCAAACCCUCCCGACAUGUUUCUUUAUGUGUUAAUGUUCUUGGAUGCCUUUAGGUGUUUAAAAAAAAAAGGCAUUGUGCUAGUGUUUGACCAGCAACAGCAUGUCUCCUAUUCAAACGUUUUCCGAUGGAUGCCCUCGCGGCGUACCAUACUGUAGAUGUCUUAACUCUGUGGAUACAGUUUGAAACUCAGUGCCCUGUUGAGAAAACAAACUCAAGAAGAAGAAACAUGUGAUUUAAUGCCACUCUUUUUCCUCCUUGUGAUCCUAUUUUGCAUAAUGUUCUUGUGCUGCAGGAUUUUUACGGGGAGUCAGUGAAAAGCCUUGUUACUGUACCAACUGAAACUGCUCCGUGUGUUUAAAAAAAUGCUGCUUUAACUGCUUUGAUAAAGAAAUAAAUCUCCUUCCAGUAA